UUACUUCAAUGAGAACCAAUAUCCAGAUGAGGCAAAGAGAGAAGAAAUCGCCAACGCCUGUAAUGCAGUUAUACAAAAGCCAGGAAAAAAGUUAUCGGAUUUGGAGCGAGUGACCUCCCUUAAAGUAUACAAUUGGUUUGCCAACAGAAGAAAGGAAAUCAAGAGAAGAGCCAAUAUCGAAGCAGCAAUCCUGGAGAGCCAUGGAAUAGAUGUACAGAGUCCGGGAGGUCAUUCCAACAGUGACGACGUUGAUGGCAAUGACUACUCGGAGCAGGACACUUGGCAAGUACGCAAUGGGGAGGAGGAGGGAAGAUGUUCAGAGGGAGGCAGAGAAGCAGAGAAGGAUGACAGCACUAGCCAUAGUGACCAUCAAGACCCCAUUUCAUUAGCUGUGGAAAUGGCAGCGGUAAACCACACCAUCUUGGCAUUGGCCCGGCAAGGAGCCAACGAGAUCAAGACAGAGGCUCUAGACGACGACUGAUACCAAGAAAGGGGAGGGUCAAAGCGAGAAGUAACUUAGUUUUAGACGUAGCACCUUAGCAGACUUUCCUCGGUCCUUAAUAUGUGUUCUUACAGUAUAACUUUGCAGUUUCUUGUACGUCAGUUAGCUGUUAGGGUCUUGUUCUGUGAAGAUGGCAUGGUGCCCUCAGCCUUUGCAUAUACUCUCUCAGUAUUAAUUCCCAAUAAAUAAUCAAUCAACCAACCAACCUCCCUCUCCCAGCCCCAGUGGCUAGAAA